AGAGGGUGAGUGGCAGAGCCGGAGAACUUUGCAGACACACAGAUCAGUGUGCAGAGAAGUUUGAUUUUAAGACUUUUUUUUUCCUGGAAAGUGCAACUCGUCUUUGCAAUCUGCUCACCCACAUUAGGCUUAUCUUCAGACCCGGAGCAAAACAAACAAACAAACAAACUUUUACUCUAUUUUGUCCUCAGGUGCGUUGACGCGGCGUGGACCUGUUGAUUGAUUGAUUGUGGCUCGAAACCCUCAAACUUUUGGAUGAACUCGCGCUAAGUUUUUCAUAACAUCUUGAAGAAGGCAAUGCGGAGAGGGAGGUGAAGGAGACCGCAGUCUGACCAAACACUGAGAGCAUGAUCUGACCCCGUGUAAACCCCAAAUGACCACCUCUCUCUGUCUCAAGCACACGUGAAACUGCAGCGCUGCGUCCAUGUCCAGGCUCAAGCCAGCAUGACUCUGUCCGGCGGCUUGUCGGAUACUUGUCAUCUCAUUUUACGUGACCGCAUGGAGCCGGGGCUGUGCAAAUAGGGCUUCGUCCAUGCUUUGUGGGGAAUAGCUGUUGCAACACGUUGCGAAGCAAACACAGGCUACCGUGCACACUUUGGACAGAGCUACGAUGCGGGGCACUUUGGGCGCAUUCAUUCAGUCCUGUGUGUUACUGCUGGUCCGAGCAGACCAGUGGAGGCUGAAGGACUCCGCCAACUGCGAGUUAAACAGGAAACAAACUGACCUAAACUCCUUCCUGUGGACGAUCAAACGGGAUCCUCCCUCAUAUUUCUAUGGUACAAUCCACGUUCCCUACACACGUGUAUGGGACUUCAUCCCUGAAAACUCCAAGCAGGCCUUCCAGGAGAGCAACAUUGUCUACUUUGAGCUUGACCUGACAGACCCCUACACCAUCUCAGCCCUGACCAGCUGUCAGCUGCUUCCUCAGGGUGAAAACUUGCAGGACGUCCUACCCAGAGACAUCUAUCGGAGACUUAAAAGACACCUUGAGUAUGUGAAACUCAUGAUGCCUUCGUGGAUGACGCCGGAUCAGAGAGGGAAGGGACUCUACGCAGACUACCUCUUCAACGCCAUCGCUGGGAACUGGGAGAGGAAGCGGCCAGUUUGGGUGAUGCUGAUGGUGAACUCGUUAACAGAGGCAGACAUUAAGACGCGAGGGGUGCCGGUGCUGGACCUGUACCUGGCCCAGGAGGCGGAGAGGAUGAGGAAGAGGACGGGGGCUGUUGAGAAGGUGGAGGAACAGUGCCAUCCACUCAACGGGCUCAACUUCUCCCAGGUAAUCUUUGCCCUGAACCAGACGUUAUUACAGCAGGAGUCGCUGAGGGCGGGAAGCCUACAAGUUCCGUACACCACUGAAGACCUCAUCAGGCACUACAACUGUGGAGAUCUCAACUCCAUCAUCUUUAAUCACGACACCUCACAGGUUCCUAACUUCAAUAAUGUGACACUGCCACCCAGUGAGCAGGUGACUGCCCAGGAAAUAGACAGCUACUUCCGACAGGAACUCAUCUACAAAAGGAAUGAAAGGAUGGGCAAGAGGGUCAAGGCUCUGCUAGAGGAACACCCUGAUAAGAGCUUCUUCUUCGCCUUCGGAGCAGGUCACUUUCUUGGCAACAAUACAGUCAUUGAUGUGCUUCGUCGCCAGGGAUACGAGGUGGAGCACACCCCUGCUGGGCAGCCCAUAAACAGGAGAUCGUCAUCUAGACCAGAGUCAGAGGACCACUAUGAAGAGUCCCCUCUCCUGGAACCUUUCCUCCAUGAGCUCCCCCACAAAGAGGAGGAUCAGGGGCGUCCCCUAGAGGAGGAUCUGUUACCCCACAUGCUUCUGCCGCCGGAUAGCAUGGAGCUGCUGGAAAAAGCGGAGAGGAAAAUGCUGAAGAAAAAGAGGAGGAACAAGCAGAAGAAACAGCGGCACCGGCAUUUUAACGACCUCUGGGUUCGCAUCGAGGAGAGCACUGUGGUCCAGUCACCGCCUCCACCGUUGGUUCGCAUCAUCAAUGGUUAUAUCACUGUGCAGCCACCUGACAGAGUCCACAGCCACUACAACUACCACCACAUACCCUCAGCAUCACCUACCUCCUUGUCCUCAUUGUCUUUACUUGUCUUCCUGUGCACAUUGCUUACAGUGAUCCCACAGACGUGGAGUGUGUUCCUUUAGUCAGUAUAAGCUCCCACUUAUUGGGCCUCAUGUACCAGCUCAUGUAAAGUGAUGUCUGAUCGUGCAUCCUAAGACCUGGAGGAGGCUGCAAAGAGUGUGGAGACCGUUCAUAAAAAAAAAAAAAAGCAUGGAGAAAGGAUGUGAAA